CUUAAUUGCUUUUGCUUCCUCUCAAAGCCACGUCAGACUUCACACCACACGUUCCCAUAAUUUAUAUAACCUUGCACACAAAGCAACGUUACAAAUUAGACUCGGUUAAACAAUAUUAUUUCAAUAAAACGCUGAAAUGGAAAACGUGCACUUCUAGUUGAAUAAAUUUCUUUGUAAUAAGUCAACAACGUGGAGGGCAAGGUUGUCAUUAAGCCCCCCUAUAUAAAGCCCUUCGAGGUCUGAAGAGCCGUAGAUUAAUUAUUGUGCUCAUCAUCAAUAGCUAGCCGCCUUGGAUGGACGCCGGACAAGUCAUAGAGCUAUACGAUUCAAGCUGGUUCGAGAAGCAAAUCUUCUCAAAGCUCCCGGUUUUGCCAAGUUCAUCAAAUUUGGGAUCAAUCCCAGAUCAAGAAAACCAAGAAGAAACUCCAAAAUAUGAGAUUUCUAGGACUCCAUCGCUUCAUAGGAGGUCCGUGAGUCAUGAUCAAUUAAGCACCAGCUUGACAAGCUUCAACUCUGGCUCUUUCUCCCCUGACUCUAUCAUCCGCGCGCCAAAGCUCAACACAAUCCUCUCGGGCAAAGCAAUCACAGAAGAAGAUUAUAAAUCUGCAGCGACACAGAGAUUACAUAUUCAAGUAGGAUCACCUCAUAAGAAGAAGAAGAAUGAUUAUUCCACAAGUAGGAGAAACAAGGGUACAAGCAAGAGCUUGUCAGAUUUGGAAUUUGAGGAGCUAAAAGGGUUUAUGGAUCUGGGUUUUGUGUUCUCAGAAGAGGACAAAGAUUCAAGAUUGGCUUCAAUCAUUCCUGGAUUGCAAAGAAUGGGAAAGCAAGAAGACGAGGAAGAAAAAGAUAGUGGCGUUGACCAGUCAAAGGUGUCAAGGCCUUAUCUUUCUGAGGCGUGGGAGGUUCUGGAUAGGAGAAGAAAGGCAGAGAAGCUGCCGUGGAUUGAAUGGAAGAUUCCUAUUGCUGGUAAUGAGAUUGAUAUGAAAGAUAACCUUAGAUUGUGGGCUCACUCUGUUGCCUCCACCGUUAGAUGAUGAUGAUGAAUGAUGGUCCAAGUCCAAAGUUCUUGUUUCUACCUCUGAUUUUUUGCUUUGGACAUUUUUAAAUUUUGAUUCUUGUACAUAUAUAUUCAUCUCUAUAGUAAAAAACAAACAACUUACAUUGUGAGAUUAGCUCAUGGCGUAUUAUUGUUUGUGAACUUUCCAAGCAGGGAAGUUUCGAGCUAGAAUCUUGCGAGCUUCGACUAGAAGACAAGACCUUUCAAAUAGCCUAAUUAGCAAUUGCAUCCGGAUGCUGCCCAACAUAGAUUACUAUUGGAGUACUGUCUCCUUCAACCACGAGCGAUAGAUUAAAUAGAAUAUGCAAAAGGUCGAAACCUUUUUCUUUUUUUGUCAUAAACAAAUACAGUGUUUUAUGUAAAGAGGAAAAAAAAAAGGGGAGAGUUUGGGACGUGAUCAUUAUUAAAAUAUUAGGUAGCCACUUUACAUAGUUUGUUGAUAAAUUAUUCGAUGGUCCUAAUACAAGAUGUU